UAUAUGUACUUUUAUCAUGUAUAGCUAUUCCCGAAUGUUCUCGAGGUUUACCGCAUCACCGAUGCACCAACAUUGCUGGUCGGGCCGCUUCGUACAUGUGCGCUAGGCCGCCAAAUGACGACAUAGUGCGAGAUCCAUGUAUCUCGGGAAUGCAUCUCAUCCGCUCUCCCAGCUCCACUGAGUCCACCCCGUGGUCCCACAACUUUAUAAAGUCCUCUCCUUCGCUGGAUCAAUUCGAUGGUCAACUAUCUCUCUGUCCCUGAAUCAAGCAUGGCUACCAAAGUUGGUCUCGGCGUCCCAAUGCCGCUCCUCGCUCCUGCGACUGCUACAUGGGCUUUCCCAUUUGCGGCUUACUACCUUUUCCUCCAAAAUCGCAUUGUCUACCACCGCAUCACCUCGAAAACCUUCAUGGGUGACAAAUCGGACGAGUCGAAAGGCACCACUGAUCCUCUCUACGUUGCCUCACGCGCGCAGCUAAACUUCACUGAGAACGUGCCCCUCGUCCUUGGUAUCGCACUUCUCGCUGAGCUCAACGGAGCCAACAGGUCCUACAUAAACUACGCACUUGGAGCUCUUUUCGCAUUCCGUGUCAGUCAUGCUGAGCUUGGCUUGAUGAUCAAUGAAUCCAAGGGCCCCGGAAGAAUUGUUGGUUUCUACGGCACCCAGGCUGUACUGGCAAGUAUUGCUGGAUACGCGACGUAUCUGAUCACGGAUUACUGGAUGAUUUGAACCGAAAGACGUGCAUGUAGCGAAAUAGCCCUCAUUUAGGGUGGGAAAAAGCAGGCGAUGCAGAUAGACACCACAAACGAAGAUUUUUUAAAGUGAAA